AAUAGCCCGCCGACAAUGCGUGCCGUAACCAUGCUCAUCGUUACUCUUCUUGUUCUGGAAAGCUUCUACUUUGUCAUCUCUGAGCCCGUAGCAGGACCCCAUUGGCAGGUGAAGGCAAAGAGACCUCAAUGUUAUCGAAUAACAUGCACGAAAGAUGAAGAAUGCAAAGUAGGGUCCUGCUCAUAUUGCAACAAUGGACUUUGGGGACAAUACUUGCCGCUAAGAGUAGAGCGGAUCAAGUGCCCUCAUGUUCUAAUGCACGAAUAA